CUGCAGAUGAGGUUCUCCUUGCUGGUGACGGUGCUCCUCGCACUGGCGGCGAGCGCGGCUGCGCGCAGCUCCCGCCUGCACAGCUCCCGCCUGCAGGCGUCCGGCCCCAACCCGAACCCCGACCGCAUCCAGCAGUGCUUCGAGUCCAACGUGCGACCACAGAGACGCCAGGACAGUAGCAGUAGUAGUGACGACUCGAGUAGUAGUAGCAGCAGCAGCAGCAGUAGCAGCAGCAGCAGUAGCAGCAGCAGUAGCAGCAGCAGCAGUGACAGUAAUGACAGUUCCAAUAAUGAAAACCCCAGUAACUUGGGAUUAGGCGGCAACAAUAACAACAACAAUGGCGGUUCUUGCCCGGUGGUGACGCCUGAUCAGUGCCGUAGCGGACGCCUGAUGCUGUGUGGCCAUUGUUACACCUGCGUCGUGAUUCUGGGUGAAGGAGAAGUGUGCCAAAAACUCAUCCGCGAGAACACGGAAUGUGCUGAAGGCUUGGAAUGUCGCAAUGUACGAUGUAGGCGUCCGUUACACUGAUGAAGAACGAUAUAACUGUGUUGCAGUGUAUAACAUCUCAAAUAACCCUUCUUUGUCAAUAAGUAACAUGUAAAUUGUUUUCAACUUUCACCAUUUUUAUAAUUACGUUACAAACAACAGGUCUAUUCUUUGACAAAAAAGGCCAAAUAUUUUUUGGCUCUUUGUCGCGAGUAUAUAAAUGUAAACAGAUCACCAAAAAGGCAAAAAUAGAAUAUCCCGUAAUUUGGGCAAUAAUAAUUGUAAUAAUAUUAUUAAUAUUACUAUUAACACUGGUUAAUAGUAGACAAUAAUGCAUUUAAAUGCCCAAAACCUUUCAGUUUUUAAACAUUUAUUCUCUCUGGUUAUUUAUUUAUUGUAUAUCGGUUUAAGAAGUAAACUUUCCGUUUUCCUUUCGUGUAUUUUACAUAAACAUUUACCACAAGAUUCGAGACUUUUAUCAGUCACUUCUCUCUUGACUUACACUUAUUAACAUCAUACAGUAUUCCAUUUCAUUAUCCAAUAUUAAAAAGGAAAGCAAUUAUGAGAAUGCAACCCAAGCAAUUACGCGUUUAUUACUGUCCGAUAAAUGGUCAUUAGCCUCUUUUCAAGCAAGUAAUAAUGGGUCAAUAAAAAGUGCUAUAUUUUAUUAUAAAAUUGUAUUGUGUCGAUUUUAGUAAACAGUUAAACUUUAUUUUAAUGAACAGUAACAAAUUUAAAAGAUACUCUGAAAAUUUGUGAAAAAUGUUUUGUCUGAAAUAUAAUAUCGACGAGAAAAAACUAACUUACUUAUGCAAAGUUGAUAUCACACAACAAAUAACUUUUAUGUAAUUAAUAUUUAUGCUGUCUUUUGAAUCUCUCAUUAGUAUUCUCUAAAACAGAUUUAUUUUUCUUGGACACAGAUAAAGCAAUUAAAUGACAAGGAAUCCUUUUGAAGUUUCCUUUUCAUUUUUGAAGUUAUAAUAGCUUAACCUACUUGUAUUUCUGCAUGUUUGUGAAAUUUGGUUGUAAUUUUUAUCGUGGGUUAGUCAUUCAGUCUUGUCCGACCCUUAAUAACCUUUUUCCAGGUCUUCCUAACCAGUGGUUCCCUAUGAUUUUCCACGUUCUUGGCACCUGGCAAGCGAACUAAUAAUUAAAACUGAUAUAAUUUACUUCUUGAAGUUCAUACAUAUUUAUUGUUAAAAUAUAUGGAAUUAAACAGAAUAACUUCAUUAUUAAUCACUAGUAUUGUUCUUGCACUAACAUCAAAAUAAAAUUUUGAAACAAUAAA